CUUGUGCUCCGCUCGCUUCCUACUCUCUGCAUCAUUCAGCAGGAUUUCCACCUCCACGCUCUGCCCGAAGCCGAAGAAGCUCAUCUCACCGCCCGGCCCCUCGGCUCUCGGAACGUCUCGGAGCGCGCGCGGGAGCGAGCUUUGAAAGUUGAGCACGGCGGCGACGAGCGGGUCCCUGUGGUGUCAUGGUGGCGCUACCGGACCUUGGGAGCGGCCUGCAGCCCUGGUGCCCAUUGGAUCUCAGCCUCGAAUGGGUAGACACAGUAUGGGAACUGGACUUCACAGAGACUGAGCCUUUGGAUCCUAACAUAGAAGCAGAGAUCAUAGAGACUGGAUUGAGUGCAUUUACAAAACUCUAUGAAAGUCUUUUCCCCUUUGCUACUGAAGAACAUGGAUCUUUGGAGAGUAUUUGGACCUUCUUCAUUGAGAACAAUAUUUCUCAUAGUACACUGGUGGCAUUAUUCUACCAUUUUGUCCAAGUAGCCCAUAAGAAAAAUGUCAGUGUGCAGUAUCGAGAAUAUGGCCUUCAUGCUGCUGGACUUUACUUUUUGCUACUAGAAAUACCGGGCAGUGUAGCCAAUCAAAUUUUCCACCCAGUGAUGUUUGACAAGUGCAUUCAGAGUCUAAAGAAGAGCUGGCCUCAGGAAUCUAACUUGAAUCGGAAAAGAAAGAAAGAACAGCCCAGGAGCUCUCAGGAUAAUCCAAGGAGGAACAGGAAAAGAGGAAAACCACCUCAGAAAGAUAACAUUGAGAUGGAUGACCUUAUAGAAGAAGAAGAAGAAGAAGAUGAAGAGAAUAUAUAUUUUUCUGCCCGGGACCUUUCUCAAAUUCGAAAUGCCAUAUUUCACCUUUUGAAGAAUUUUUUAAGGCUUCUGUCCAAGUUUUCCCUCAAAGAAAAGCCACAGUGUGUACAAACUUGUAUAGAGGUCUUUGUUGCAUUAACUAAUUUCGAGCCAAUUCUUCGUGAAUUUCAUGUUUCACAAGCCAGAAAUCUUAAUGAAGCCAAAUACAUACCAGAACUGUCCUACCAUGGAUUGUACUUGCUGUGCUCCCCACUUCACGGAGAAGGAAAUAAGGUUAUUGGUUGUAUUUUCCAUCGAAUGCUGAAUGUAAUACUGAUGGUAGAAGUGGGGGAAAGGUCCCACUGUGCCCCCCUAACUAUUACUUCACAAGUCAUCAGACAUAGGAACCAGGCAGUCCAGUUUAUCAGCUCACUUGUGGAUGAACUAAAAGAAAGUAUAUUCCCAGUCCUGCGUAUUUUACUGCAGCAUAUCUGCGUCAAGGUGAUAGAUAAAGCGGAGUAUCGCACCAUGGCAGCCCAAUCCCUGGUCCAGCUGCUGAGUAAACUUCCUUGUGGAGAGUAUGCCACAUUCAUUGCCUGGCUUUACAAAUACUCACGAAGUUCCAAGAUCCCACACCGAGUUUUCACCCUGGAUGUUGCAUUAGCUCUUUUAGAGCUGCCUGAAAGAGAAGUGGACGACACUGCCUCCCUGGAGCUCCAGAAGUUCCUCAAGCAUAAGUUCUUGGUGCAAGAAAUUAUGUUUGACCGUUGUCUGGACAAGGCACCCACUGUCCGCAGCAAGGCAUUGUCCAGCUUUGCACACUGUCUGGAGCUAUCUGUUAGCAACGCAUCUGAUAGUAUACUGGAGCUCCUCAUUAACAGUCCUUUAGUUUCAAGAUUAGAGAGUGACCCUGGUACCUUACUGAGAAAUUCAUCAGCUUUUUCUUAUCGGAAGCGGACACUUACCCCUUCUGAACCAUCUGGGGAGAUCAACACAUACAGCAGUGGUGAAAUAGCUGGAUCUGGGGCAGAGAGAUGUGUCAUGGCAAUGCUGAGGAAGAGAAUCAAGGAUGAGAAAACUAAUGUCAGGAAGUCUGCACUCCAGGUGUUAGUGAGUAUUUUGAAACACUGUGACAUCUUGGGCAUGGAGGAGGAUCUGUUGAUUCUGCAGGACCACUGCCGGGACCCUGCAGUAUCUGUCCGGAAGCAGGCCCUACAGUCUCUUACUGAACUGCUUAUGGCACAGCCUAAAUGUGUCCCAAUCCAAAAAGCCUGGCUGACAGGGGUCAUCCCAGUGGUGAUGGACUGCGAGAACACUGUGCAGGAGAAGGCCCUGGAGUGCCUGGACCAGCUCCUAUUACAGAACAUUAAGCAUCACAGCAAAUUUCAUGGAGAGGAUGGCAGCCAGGUGCUUGCCUGGGCUCUUCUUGCUCUCCUUACCACAGAAAACCAGGAGCUGAGUCGCUAUUUAAAUAAGGCAUUUCAUAUUUGGUCCAAGAAAGAUAAAUUCUCAUCCACUUUUAUAAACAAUGUGAUAUCUCACACUGGCCUGGAACAUUCUUCACCCGCCUGGAUGCUGCUGUCCAAAAUUGCUUGCUCCUCACCAAAGCUGGACUACACCAAAAUAAUGCAGUCCUGGGAGAAAACCAGCAGUGAACAGAAUCCCAAUUCAAACACCUUAGGACACAUGCUGUGUGUCAUUGGGCAUAUUGCAAAACAUCUUCCUAAGAGUACCCGGGACAAGGUGACUGAUGUUGUCAAGUGCAAGCUGAAUGGAUUUCACUGGUCUCUAGAGUUGAUCAGUUCAGCUGUGGAUACUUUGCAAAUGCUCUGUAGAGCAUCUGCAAGGACGCCUACAGAAGAACAGGAGCUGCUGCAGCAGGUGUGUGGGGAUGUGCUGUCCACCUGUGUGCACCACCUGUCCAGCAUUAUUCUGAAGGAGGAUGGAAAAGGGAACAUGGACAAAGACCUGUUGGUGAAGUACAUUUUCACUUUAGGAGAUGUAGCUCAGCUGUGUCCAGCCAGAGUUGAGAAGCGAGUGUUCCUGCUAAUUCAGUCCAUUCUGGUUUCUGCUGAUGUGGAUCGCUUACCAUCAUCUCAAGGUACCAGUGAUGGUCCAAGCACUCAGCUGCCCUCCCAGAACAGAGGUUCUGUAAUGCCUUCCGAGAUUAGAGCACAUGCCAUCAUCACCCUAGGGAAGUUGUGUUUACAGAAUGAGGACCUUGCGAAGAAGAGCAUCCCGGCCCUUGUGCGAGAGCUCGAGGUGUGUGAAGAUGUGGCCGUCCGCAACAAUGUCAUCAUUGUGAUGUGCGAUCUUUGUAUCCGCUACACUGUCAUGGUGGACAAGUAUAUCCCAAACAUCUCCAUUUGUCUGAAGGACUCAGACCCAUUUAUCCGAAAGCAGACACUCAUCUUGCUUACCAACCUCUUACAGGAAGAGUUUGUGAAAUGGAAGGGCUCGCUGUUCUUUCGAUUUGUCAGCACUCUGAUAGACUCACACCCAGACAUUGCCAGCUUUGGGGAGUUUUGCCUGGCACACCUACUACUGAAAAGGAACCCUGUCAUGUUCUUCCAGCACUUCAUUGAGUGUAUAUUCCACUUCAACAACUAUGAGAAGCAUGAGAAGUAUAACAAAUUUCCCCAGUCAGAGAGAGAGAAACGGCUGUUUUCACUGAAGGGAAAGGCAAACAAGGAGAGGCGAAUGAAGAUCUACAAGUUUCUUCUAGAGCACUUUACAGAUGAGCAGCGAUUUAAUAUCACUUCGAAAAUCUGCCUUAGUAUUUUGGCCUGCUUUGCCGAUGGCAUUCUACCCCUGGACAUGGAAGCUAGUGAAUUACUCUCAGACACGUUUGCAGUCCUCAGCUCAAAGGAGAUCAAACUUUUGGCAAUGAGAGCUAAACCAUACAAGGAUCUCCUUAUGGAAGAAGAUGACAUGGCUUUGGCAAAUGUGGUCAUGCAGGAAGCCCAGAUAAAGCUCAUCUCACAGGUUCAAAAGAGGAACUUCAUAGAAAAUAUUAUUCCAAUUAUCAUCUCCCUGAAGACGGUGCUGGAGAAGAAUAAGAUCCCAGCUUUGCGGGAACUCAUGAACUAUCUCCGGGAGGUGAUGCAGGACUACCGAGAUGAAAUCAAGGACUUUUUUGCAGUUGAUAAACAACUGGCAUCUGAACUGGAGUACGACAUAAAGAAGUACAAUGAACAGCUGGCCCAGGAGCAAGAGCUGGCAAAGCAGGCUGAUGUGAACAGAGCAGCUGACAGUGGUGAUAGUACUCAAGCCAUUCAGGUUGCUCCUGGCUUGGAAGUAAUGCCAGCUCUUGCUAGCCAAGAAAAUGCCACUGUGUCCCCAGCUGUGGGUCUAGCUGUAACACCUAAACCCAGCACUGGCUACCAGCCAGCUUUGCCUUUUACACCGGAGCCUGGCCCUCUGAAGAUGUUAAUCCCCAAUGCCAGGCCCAUGUCCCUGAGCACUAUUGCCAUUCUGAAUUCUGUCAAGAAAGCUGUGGAGUCGAAGAGUAGGCACCGCAGCCAGAGCUCAGGAGUACUGCCCUUCACUUUAAAUUCUGGAAGCCCAAAGAAAGCAGGCCAUGCAACUUCCUAUAGCUUGGAGCAAGAGUCUGAUGGUGCCAUCAACCACAUGCGGGCAAUCAGCACCCCGGAGAAGUCCAUCAGUGAUGUCACCUUUGGAGCAGGGGUUAGUUCUAUAGCAACACCACGGACUCCUUUUUCAGCCAAAGAGAAAAUUGAAGUCCAGAGUCAAGGAAAUGACAUUUUAUGUUUAUCACUGCCUGAUAAAUCGUCUCCUCAGCCCCAACAGUGGAAUGUGAAGACUCUAGUUAGGAAUCAAGACAACCCGAGCCCCAGUAGGAGGUCCCUCCGAAAGACCCCCCUGAAAGCAGCCAACUGAAACAGGUUUGGUUCACGUGUCUGCCUGCCUUUAUCCCCAGAAGGAAGCUGUAUACCUCGUAACAACAGACAUUCUUACUGGCACAAGGUAUGAUGCCUGCUUGUAAGAAAAGGCUUCAUGACCUUCAUGUACUGUGGCCUUGAGGCCAAUCUGUGUGACACUCUGCUAAGGACAGCCCCACAGUGGGGAGUGAUUUUGAGUCUCUUCUUUUGGCACCGUUAGGUGAACCUAAAACACCAUGUUUGUUCAAAGACGCCCAGAAAGAAAUGCAAUUGACUGUUCUUUAAAUUUUGCAGGGGUUUUUUUUGAGAUGGGUCUUACUCUUGCCCAGACUGACCUUGAGCUUCUGGGCUUAAGCAAUCCUGCCUCAG